AUGCAGGGGGGUGAACCAGUGUCAGCAAUGAAAGUCUCAGAGAGCGAAGGAAGGCUGGAGGGCCUGGCCACCGCGGUGACCCCGAACAAGAACAGCAGCAACAGCAGCUGUGGAGGUGGAAUCAGCAGCAGCAGCAGCAGUAGCAGCCGAGGUGGCAGUGCCAAAGGCUGGCAGUACAGUGACCACAUGGAAAAUGUGUAUGGCUACCUAAUGAAGUACACCAACCUUGUCACUGGGUGGCAGUACAGGUUUUUUGUUCUAAACAAUGAAGCUGGGCUGUUGGAGUAUUUUGUGAAUGAACAGUCUAGAAAUCAAAAACCCAGAGGUACUUUGCAGCUUGCAGGAGCUGUAAUAUCGCCCAGUGAUGAGGACUCUCAUACCUUCACUGUAAAUGCUGCCAGUGGGGAACAGUAUAAACUCAGAGCCACAGAUGCUAAAGAGCGACAACAUUGGGUUAGCAGACUUCAGAUAUGUACACAACACCACACUGAAGCUAUUGGCAAGAAUAAUCCUCCUCUGAAAUCACGGAGCUUCUCACUUGCAUCUAGUGGUAAUUCUCCUAUAUCCCAGAGGAGGCCAAGUCAAAAUACCAUUUCCUUUUUUAAUGUUGGACAUUCCAAACUACAAUCAGUGAGCAAAAGAGCUAACUUACCUCCAGACCAUCUUGUGGAAGUCAGAGAAAUGAUGUCUCAUGCUGAAGGACAACAAAGAGACUUAAUUAGAGGAAUUGAAUGCCUUCCUGCUUCUGGCCAUCUUAGUUCCUUGGACCAGGAUCUCUUAAUGCUCAAGGCUACUUCCAUGGCAACUAUGAACUGCUUAAAUGACUGCUUUCAUAUUCUCCAGUUACAGCAUGCAUCACAUCAGAAGGGCUCAUUGCCUUCAGGAACGACAAUCGAAUGGUUAGAACCAAAGAUACCAUUAUCAAACCACUAUAAAAAUGGAGCCGACCAACCCUUUGCAACUGAGCAAAGUAAGCCAGUGGCAGUCCCGGAAGAGCAGUGUGUUGCAGAAUCUGGACUAAUAGCAAGGGAACCUGAAGAAAUAAAUGCAGAUGAUGAGGUGGAGGAUACCUGUGACAAUAAGGAGGAUGACCUGGGAGCUGUGGAAGAGCAACGCAGUGUUAUCCUACAUCUCUUAUCACAGCUCAAGCUGGGCAUGGACUUAACAAGAGUGGUGCUUCCUACAUUUAUCCUAGAGAAGCGUUCCUUGUUGGAAAUGUAUGCAGACUUUAUGUCUCAUCCAGACCUAUUUAUAGCCAUCACUAAUGGAACUACAGCUGAGGACAGGAUGAUUCGUUUUGUUGAGUACUACCUUACCUCAUUUCACGAAGGCCGUAAGGGAGCCAUUGCUAAGAAACCAUACAAUCCUAUCAUUGGAGAAACGUUUCACUGUUCCUGGAGGAUGCCCAAAAGCGAGGUAGCAUCCAGUGUCAUUAACAGCUCUUCUACCCAGGCCAUCACAAAUCAUGCACCUCCAUCAGAGGAGGCUUUGAACCAGAUGGGUUCAGACUGUUACAUGGUCAGAUUUGUUGCCGAGCAGGUUUCCCAUCAUCCUCCAGUCUCAGGAUUUUAUGCAGAAUGUGCAGAGAGGAAGAUGUGUGUAAAUGCACACGUCUGGACUAAGAGCAAAUUCUUAGGCAUGUCGAUAGGCGUGACAAUGGUUGGGGAAGGUAUCCUCAGUCUACUGGAGCAUGGAGAAGAGUAUACGUUUUCUCUGCCUUGUGCAUAUGCCCGGUCAAUUUUAACUGUUCCUUGGGUAGAACUGGGUGGCAAAGUCAGUGUCAACUGUGCAAAAACUGGGUACUCUGCCAGCAUCACUUUUCAUACUAAGCCGUUUUAUGGUGGCAAACUGCACCGGGUUACAGGUGAAGUAAAGCACAACAUCACCAACACUGUUGUAUGCAGAGUACAAGGGGAAUGGAAUAGCAUUCUUGAGUUUGCUUACAGCAGUGGAGAGACAAAAUACGUGGACUUGACUAAGUUGGCAGUGACGAAGAAAAGAGUAAGACCUUUGGAGAAGCAGGAUCCAUUUGAAUCCAGGCGAUUGUGGAAAAAUGUGACAGACUCUCUGAGGGACUCCGAAAUCGAUAAAGCCACAGAGCAUAAACGUACCCUGGAAGAACGCCAGAGGACUGAAGAAAGGCAUCGUACUGAAACAGGCACACCUUGGAAAACCAAAUAUUUUAUUAAAGAGGGAGAUGGCUGGGUUUAUCACAAACCCCUUUGGAAAAUAAUUCCAACAACACAACCAGCAGAGUGA